AUGAGAGAAGAGGCGAGUGCUCUACAGACCACCUGCUCGGAGUGUCAACCAGCGCAAACGAUGGAUGAAGCUUUUACGGCCCACCUAGCCGAGGACUGGAGAAUCCCCUAUCUUGAGUACCUUCAGAAUGGGAUCCUUCCCGCUGGCUUGAGAGAGACAUAUAAACUAAGAAGAUUGGCUCUAAGGUACUUUACCGAAGGAAACAUCUUAUUCCGGAAGGGCUUCAAUGGAGAGCCUUUAAGAUGCCUUAGCAACGCCGAGGCGCAGAAGGCGCUACAAGAAGUACACGCAGGAGAAUGCAGAGAACGCCAAGGAAAAAAGAAGCUCUACCGACAGCUUCUGGGCAUGGGAUAUUAUUGGCCGGCCAUGGCAAAGGAUGCAUCAACCUACGUCUGUAGUUGCCACACCUGUCAGCUUCAGAAAUCUCCAUCAUAA